GCAAUUUCUUUCAUUUUGUUUUUAUGAUAAAAAGGUUGGUGCCUGGGACAAAGCCUACCAGGAACGCCUGGUAAAGUUUAACUUUCUUGUUCGUGCACUUUUCCUUUAUCUAGUAAGCGUAUUAUUCGUAAAUUUUAAGUAAUCAAAAGUUCGAAAGACUGUAAUGGAAAGCACAGUAUGAGAAAGGCUGUUCAAGUGAGGAAUGCUUUAUUUCUAGUAAGGAAUGGCGCUUUUCACUGUUCUAGCAAAGGGUUUUUCACAGGCUCUAAAUACAUCGACGAAGAAAGCAGAAUUUCACCACAACAUCAACACGAUGCAAAAGAACAUGUUAGUGACAUGUUCAGAUGGAGUAAAGAAGCAACAAUUUACGUGCACUGGCCAUAUUGCAAAUCUCUGUGUUCGUUUUGUAACUUCAAUAAAUAUGUGAGAGAGUUCAUAGACCAUGAACGAAUGAAAAAAUGCCUGGUGAAGGAGUGCAAAUCCUUAUUGGAAAUUUCAGGAGCAAAAACCAUCAACUCUGUUUACUUCGGUGGAGGAACCCCAUCAUUGGCCAAGCCAUCCACAUUUUCUGCAAUACUAGAGUGCCUUCAGCAGAAGGGGGUGCUAAACCCUAAUGCUGAGGUCACCUUGGAAGCGAACCCCACAUCUGCUGAGAGUCACAAACUAAGAGACUUCAAAACAGCUGGUAUCAAUAGGCUUUCACUGGGAGUUCAGUCACUGUCAGAAGAUGAGCUAGCUGUUCUUGGAAGACAGGGUUCUUGCCUGGAAUCAUUGAAGUCACUUGAUAUGGCUAAGGUGUUGUUUCCAGGUAGAGUGUCUGUAGACUUGAUGUUCGGACGCCCAAAACAAACAGCGCCAGAAUGGGAGAGAGAGCUAGAAGAGAUACUGCCUCUUUGUGACAAUCACAUCUCCAUUUACCAACUCACACUACACAGAGGCACAUCACUCUUCCGCCAGGUCCAGGAAGGCAAGCUGGUUGUACCUGACAGUGAUCAAAUGGCUGACCUCUAUCUGACAACAGUUGAUGUGUUAGAGAAGGCUGGAUUCUACCAGUAUGAAGUUUCCAACUUUGCAAAGCCUGUGAGUGACACUGGGUACAUGAGCAGUAUACUCUUUUUAGACGUCUUUGACUAUCAACAUGGAUGUGAAAGCCAGCAUAACUUAUCCUACUGGAGAGGAGUUCCAUAUAUAGGCAUCGGCCCAGGCGCGCAUGGCAGAUUUUAUGAGAUGUCAGAUAAGGAUUCCAAAAUGAAACGAGUAGCUUGGGUCCAAACUCUUGAACCUAACUCUUGGAUGAAGGAGGUGGAAGAAUUUGGGCAUGGGACGCGCAAGAAAGUUUUUCAAUCAAAUGCAGUAAUUCUGGAGGAGAUUAUCAUGUUGGGACUCCGCACUUCCGAAGGGAUACCAAAUGAGCGAUUUAAUCAUUAUAUUACGGCCACAUCCAGCGGUAGCCUGCGGGAGAUAUUUGAGGGGUGCUCUGAUGUCAGGGACUUUAUGGCAGAGGGUCUGCUUCAAUUGGAUGAAAGGUGUAAGAAAGGAAAAGAAAAGAGGCGGUCGCUCUUUCUACACCCUAAAAUCUGACCCCAAUGAAACACCAACAACAGAAAAAUUGCCAUCACCAACACCAUCAUCACCCGACACAGCCCACAUUGACUCUACUUCCAUCUCUCCGCUGUUGCGGGAUCUUUUGGCGAGCAACCCUUGUGUUGUUCCCAAAGGGGAAUCCCUUAAGGACAUUGAAGAGAGCUUUAAA